GUAUUCUUUCUUUUUCUUCCUUAUUCAAACAAAAAAUGAUCUUGUCAGAUGAUAUACACUUGAGCUAUGUAAUUAGCGAUUACACCGAUUUAUGCAAAAUGUUAAUGAUUUAUUCACCUGACUCAAAACCAUCACAAGCAGUCGCCACCACAAAGGCUUUACUAGCCUACAAAACAAGGUACACUUUGCCAAAGUCAGUUCGCUACCAUUCAGCUAAAAGUCACUUGAUUGAGAACUUGAUGUUCAGGGCCAUUCAACAUUGGUGUUGCAUUAGUUUCAAGAUUGUCCCCAUUGAAUUGGAGGUAAUAAAAAAAGAUACACCCAAAUGUAUUCUGUACUGUGUCGCCGCUAUCAGUCUCGUCACCACCACCACCACCACCACUACAAAACCACCACCGUUACAAGAAAACAGACAAAACAAGGUCAAGAAAAUCUAUGAUAAGUCUGCAGAAGGAUUCAAAAAGGAUGUGGGCUUCUACUUUUACGAACGAGCCGUCAGUUUCCUAAAUGAAGUCCUGUUUAACGAUGAAGAAGAGGUAUUAUCCGUUACUGCUAUCCAAUGCUAUUUCUGUCUUAGCUAUACCGCCAAUUUACUACGACUGACGGGAGAACAACGUACAUGGCACUAUUUAGCCUGUGAUCAACUCAUUAGCAAGGUCAAAUACAUUAACGAUUCAGCCGCGCUACGACAAUGUUGGUAUCGUUGGUACUACAUUGAUGCUUGGAUCGCAUUAUCUCUCAAUAUGGAGUGUCUUUUACCCGAUAAAUUACCCUUUGUAACAAAAAGGCCGGUCAAGACCAGUACGACGACUGUUGUAUCACCGGAAAAGAACAAGGGCCAUAGUAACUGUUGCAUCAUGUCAAACGAUACGCUGUAUGAAUUCAUGUUGAUGACACAAUUUAUGAGAAGAUUCAAUCGAUGUAUCCAAUCGGGUACACUUGUCCAUUGCUAUGAUGCUUUGACAGUGGAAUUAGAGCGUUGGUGGCAAAGUAUUACGAACAAGAAUCUUCAUCUUGCGAUUUGUUAUCAUUCCAUGCGACUUGUGAUACUGUUUUCCUUGUUACAGCAAUCGCAUAUAUAUAACGUAGACGACCUCUUGUUACUAGAUGGUUUGGACAUGACCUUGCAAAUAUUGCAAGGCUUACAAGAUUUAAAGUUGAUGAAAUGCGAUCAAAGCACGUACCAUCACAUGUUUUUUGCGGUGCAUAAGACGUUAAUGAGUAUAUUGACCCAUAUUGGACGAAAUGAACACUAUCGAUAUUUGGAAUCCUUUGCGAAACAGCAAUUUGAAAUGAACCUGUGUAUUUUGGAAGGAACAGAGGCAUUUAUCAACGAUAUUUAUGCUAUGAGAACCAUUGGUUCCAUGAUUGAAGAUGAUUUGAUCUCUCUGGGUUAUAUUCAAAACGAUGAAAUCACAAACACUAAAAAAUCAAUACAUGUCUUUAGAGCAACCAAAGUGGCUCGCUUGAAACAUUAAAAAAGU